GGCGCCGUCCGUACGACCCUAGGACCACGAGGAAUGGACAAGCUCGUCCAUGACGACAAGGGGAGCACCACGAUCUCCAACGAUGGGGCAACGAUCAUGAAGCUUCUCGAUGUCGUUCAUCCUGCUGCUAGGAUUCUUGUUGAUAUCGCCAAGUCGCAAGAUUCUGAGGUUGGUGAUGGAACCACUACAGUAGUGCUUCUUGCAGGUGAAUUCUUGAAAGAGGCAAAACCUUUCAUUGAGGACGGAGUCCAUCCUCAAAAUCUUAUUAGAAGUUAUCGUGUGGCAGGCAACUUGGCCAUCAGCAAAGUUAAAGAACUGACAGUAAGCAUAGAAGGGAAGAGCCUUGAUGAAAAGAAGUCUUUACUGGCAAAAUGUGCUGCUACGACACUAUCAUCAAAACUAAUAGGUGGUGAGAAGGAAUUUUUUGCUGCUAUGGUUGUGGAUGCUGUCCUUGCUAUUGGAACAGAUGAUAGAUUAAAUUUACUUGGGAUUAAAAAGGUACCUGGGGGUAAUAUGAGGGAUUCAUUUCUUGUUAGUGGUGUUGCCUUCAAAAAGACCUUCUCUUAUGCUGGUUUUGAGCAGCAGCCAAAGAAGUUUCUGAAUCCUAAGAUCCUUCUGUUGAACAUUGAAUUAGAGUUGAAAUCAGAGAAGGAAAAUGCUGAGAUCAGAUUAUCAGAUCCUCUGCAAUACCAAUCAAUAGUUGAUGCUGAGUGGAAUAUCAUCUAUGACAAGCUAGAUAAGUGUGUAAAGAGUGGAGCAAAAAUUGUCCUCUCACGACUGGCAAUUGGUGACCUUGCAACGCAGUAUUUUGCAGAUCGUGAUAUGUUUUGUGCUGGUCGUGUAGCAGAAGAGGACCUGCAAAGGGUUGCUGCUGCUACAGGUGGGACUGUGCAGACUUCUGUCAACAACAUUAUCCAUGAGGUUCUUGGGUCCUGUGAUGUGUUUGAGGAAAAGCAAGUAGGGAGUGAGAGGUUUAACAUAUUUAGUGGCUGUCCUUCUGGUCGGACAGCAACCAUAGUUCUCCGUGGUGGGGCAGAUCAGUUCAUUGAAGAAGCUGAGAGGAGCCUUCAUGAUGCUAUAAUGAUAGUCAGAAGAGCUCUAAAGAACUCGACUGUUGUGGCUGGUGGUGGUGCUAUUGAUAUGGAGAUUAGUCGAUAUUUGCGAUUGCAUGCUCGAACAAUAGCUGGAAAAUCGCAACUGUUUAUAAAUUCAUAUGCCAAGGCAUUUGAGGUUAUCCCACGACAACUUUCGGAUAAUGCUGGAUUUGAUGCAACUGAUGUCCUGAAUAAACUCAGACAGAAACAUGCAUCUGGUGAUGGUGCAAAUUUCGGUGUCGAUAUCAACACAGGUGGAAUUGCAGAUUCCUUUGCUAACUUUGUAUGGGAACCUUCAGUUGUGAAGAUUAAUGCUAUAAAUGCCGCUACCGAAGCUGCUUGUCUUAUCCUGAGUGUGGAUGAAACCGUCAAGAAUCCAAAGUCGGAGAGUGCACAAGGAGAGGCUGCUGCAAGUGCUAUGGGUGGUCGGGGGUGUGGAAGAGCAGCCUUCCGAGGAGGUCGAGGCGGAAGAGGCAUGCGGAGGCGGUGAAUUUUUUAUUUAUUUUAAUACGGAGUGUUUUAUUGUGUGGCAGCUUUCGAGUUCGAUAUUGUCCUGUUGGAUUGUAUCGCCUCGUGUCUGUUGAGUGGAGUUGAGAAAGGCUGACCUCUUGUAAACUUAAAAUGGUGUUAUGUACUGUGGUAUUCUGUUUGGAGUUUUCAGUUAUAGAUGGCUUCCAUUUCCAGCUUGCUUAAAAACAAAAUGUGAUGCUCCAUUUAGAUUUUUAGAUUAGUGCAUUUGAGAGUUUGACAGUU